CUCGAAGCUAAAAAAAAAAAAAGAAGACAAUCUCAAGCAGCUCGGUAUGAUAAUUUAUGCGAGAUCAAACUUACAGUUCCAUCGUAGAUGGACCGUUGGCGAGCGGUACAUUUUGAUUGACACCGGUCGCGCCUGGCUACCGGAAAAGAAUUUCGUGCAAUAAAUCAAACCCUUCCAAUGAUGAUUAUGAUGAGGAUUUAUGGGAAGCAAAUUAUUAGACCUGUGGGGGUGAAUUUUGACCGGCAGGACAUAAUUAUGCUUUGCCUUAGCUAAGCACCUUAAAUCACUCAUUGCGCACCAUUUCGCUUGGUUUUGUUUUUAAGUGAAAAUUUAGCACAAACUGCACAUACAAAAAAAAACCCAUCCCAUCCCACGCACUGUACCAUGGCACCGGCAAGGACACUCACGCUUUCACUAUGCGGUACGGCCACACUGCUGCUCGUAUGCUGCCUCACCAUGGUUCGGCCCGCGGCUGGCCAGGCACUCAUAACACCGCUCGAUUCGCCACUGCUCGCGAGCAAGUACCGGGGACUGCGCGAGAUCAUGUUCAACUUUAUCGGACAGACUGGCAACAAUAAGAACAAGUUCCUGUUCAAUCUAAAGAAGGGGAAGGUACAGAAACAGUUCGGUCCGGACGAUCCGUUUUUCUGCAAUACGACCGGUAUGCGGAGCGAGACGGUACCCACCUCCGUGGAUAAGCUGCGCCCGGGCGAUAUCGACAUCGUGGGAGCGAUCGGUGACUCGCUGACGGCGGGCAACGGUGCGAUGGCCACCAACAUUCUGGAGGUGCUGAUCGAAAACAAGGGCCUAUCGUGGAGCAUCGGAGGUCAGGGCACGUGGCGACAGUUUCUGACGCUGCCGAACAUACUGAAGGAGUUUAACCCGCAGCUGUACGGCUACCCAACGAAGGAUGGACUGUCCACGCGCAAGGCAUCGCUAUUCAAUGCAGCAGAAGGUGGAGCGAUGUCACAGGACAUUCCCUACCAGGCACGGAACCUCGUCAAACGGAUGCUUUCCGAUCGGCGGGUAGACAUCGCCAAGCACUGGAAGAUGAUCACGCUCAUGAUCGGUGGGAAUGAUUUCUGUGCCGAGAUUUGCUACAUGCCCACACCCGAGAAGAUUCUGCAGUACCACGAGAAGAACAUUCUCAGUGCGUUGCGCACCUUCCGAGAUUAUUUGCCCCGAACGUUCGUCAAUCUGGCCGCAAGUCCUAAGGUCGAUAUCUUGGCCCAAUUCAAAAACAAACCCCAGGAAUGCGUUUCCAUGCACGUGGUCGAAUGUCCCUGCCUGUUGGCGUCACGGUUCCGCAAACAGCGCCAACGGUACGUGAAGCUGAUCGAAGACUGGAACAUGCUGCAGAUGGACAUAGCCACACGGGAAGAGUUUCACAACCGGCCCGACUUUGCCGUCGUUUACCAACCGUUCACCAUGAAUCUCACCUUCCCGGAGACGGCGAACGGUGAUACGGACUUUACGUACAUGUCGCUGGACUGCUUUCAUCUCAGCCAGAAAGGGUACGCCUUGGCCUCGAACGCACUGUGGAAUAACAUGCUUGAACCGGUUGGGGGUAAAUCGAUGAACUGGGAGCGUGAGUUCACGCUGUUCAAGUGUCCUAGCGCGGACAUGCCGUUCCUGCGAACGCCCGGUAAUAGCUAGGACACUCUUAACCAGCACACAAGCACGCACGAAAAACAGGCACAUGGGGUCACUGCAAGCACACUUCAUCAAAAUGUGAUAUUAAAUCUGUAAACUGCAGGCACGCAAUCGCAGAGGGGGUUAAGGUGGUUUUGGAGAACGGAGGCUCUCAUUCAUCCGAUCGAGUUUAAGGUUCAUCCCAUCACAUGCUCACUGCUGUGUUCAUUCCGAUUAUACGUAAACGACACUGCCGACCUGUACACACACACACACACACGCCAAAAUAAUCCGCAUGCGGUAUCCUUCAUCAUACUCAUGUAUUAGUACAUACGGAAAACAUUUCAUUAUAAUUAGUCCCUGUUUUAUUACUGAAAACUAUUUUGGUGGUGUGUUUACUCUACUACUAAGAAGAAGUUCAUCCGAAAAUAUUUGAAAAUAAUUUGGUAAAGUACAAUAAAACACAACACUUACUAGUUUUUAUGAAGCAAAAGCUGAUCGCUUUAUUGGUUAGUAACGCGUACAAUUUAUAUUUGUGCUUUUUCAUUUGGAACAUUUCUCUGCAUAAGUUCCUUGCUACAAGUUUAGAAAAAAAAAUCGCUUUUUAUAUUGCGAUAUUAGUAAAGCGGCAAAAUGUUAGUAAAGCAUCAUGUGAAUGAAUCCUCACUUUUUCGUCCUUGUGCUUCCGCAUGGCGCGCAGGAGUGAGUAAGAGAUAAUAUAAAAGCUCCGAGUACGCUUACAACCGAUUCGCAGAUGGAAUUUAUCGCUCCAGCCGACCAAACGGGGAGCGUGCGUGCCUGAAACGUGACCGGACAAUCCGUUUUCUUAGUUUCAUUUUCGGUCUUUAUAGACGAUUGUGUCGUGUACGGAGCAGAAUCGGUUGCAUUGCUGAGCGUUGACGUUUUUUUUUUUUUUGGCAAGCAGAAAAGUGCCAUUCAUGUAAGUAACUUGUUUUUAUAGUAUAGAGUGGAUUAAAAUAUGUAAAGAAAAACUGCCAUUCCACAGUAUGCAUGUUCUACCGAUGUCCCUGUCGCUGCUUCUAAUA